CCACUGCAAGCGUGGAACCACAGUCGUCCAAAACGACGAACCUACAUGUUAGCGCGCAUACACACGGGCAAAACGACAGCUACCUGCGUUUUCGGCUCCAUACACGAGAGUUUGCGCACAAAUACCUGCCGCUCCACCUGACAAAUAAGCGAGCGGGCGACGUAAAAGGGCAUGGUGAAAAAGUUGUCAAGGCGCAGGCCCAGGCACUGUGGGCUU